CUUGCUGCAGAAUACGUACUCCUCGCCCCCCCCGCCGCCGUCGCCGUCGCCGCCUCGCUGUUGACGGCGAGCAGCCGCGUCUCAGCGGCGUGGGAGGGAGGGAGGGCUCGCUCCGGGCAUGGCUUGGGCGGCGCUGAGGCCGGUGGUGAAGGCCUGCAUCGGCGGCUCCCUCAUCGGCAUCACCGUCUCCGACCGCUACUUCUCCGUCGCCGCCGUCCACGGCGGCUCCAUGCGCCCCACCUUCGACGGAACCACAGGUGGGCGCGAGUACGCGGUGGUGAAGCGGAGCCCCCUCUACGACUACUCCCGCGGCGAGGUCGUCGUCUUCGUGUCGCCGGCGGACCACCGGAGCAGGACGAUCAAGAGGCUGAUUGGGCUGCCCGGCGACUGGGUCAGCGUCCCGGACAAGGAGGAGAUCCGGCAGAUUCCCGAGGGCCACUGCUGGGUGGAAGGGGACAAUGGCACCGCCAGCUGGGACUCGAGAUCCUACGGCCCUGUGCCGCUUGGUCUGGUUCAGGGGAGGGUGACGCACGUGUUGUGGCCGCCCAGCAAGAUGGGCCGCGUCGACAAGAGGGUGCCGCCGGAAGGAAGGGUCAUGCCGCAGCGAAAUCUUUAGUCCAUGUCUCUUCCUUGCUGGGUUGCUUUCUCCCGCAGUUUUGUUCGUUGUUGCCGGACAUCAUGUACCAAUGUGGCAGGAGGAAGACAUUGGGCUCCUCCGCCUUCCGAGUGUAGCACAACUUUUGGUAUAAGACUUCAUCCAUUGUAAGGGAAGCAUAGCUUUUGGUAGCAGCCUGCUAGGCUAGGGUAGGUGCAGGCCAGGCAAAUUUUUGGUUAGAUGUGUGAUGCAUUGUAACUUCUAUAUUUAUUUUCUACUGAAUAAUGUAGUUGAUAUGGAAAGAAGAGAUGUCAACACAUAUAUUUGAAUUGAGGCUGA